AUGAGUUGCACAUUGUUUGGUCAGUUGGUGGACCACAUUCUUCCACAUCUUGAUGAUGGGAGAGUUGAGCCACUUAUUGUGGUCCUUCAAUAUUUCAAAGCAACAAGGUGGAAUGAUAAAACUUUGGUUCAGAGCAAUUUUGAUAUCUCCAAAGUUCACAUAAACCCAACACUAAAAGAAAUUGAUAGUUUUAGAUGCAUAUUACUCAGUGGUGGUCCAUCGAGCUCAGCUAAGAUUAGCCAGGUGUCCUUUCCGGCUGCGUGGUCUGCAAAUGAUGAGUUUAACCGUAGAUCUGUCAGUGUAAACACUAUCGAGGAUGCACUAAACUCUGUUGAGGUGUUAUGUUUUAGUUAUUUCGAUGGAACAUUUUCAAAGAUAGUUGAAACCAUUUAUGUUAGUGUGAAAAGAAAAAAUGAUUGGUUUUAUAAAGCAUGUAGGAGGUGUCCUAAGAAGGUUGAAACCCCCAUUGGUGAUCGGUAUGAAUGUGGGAAGUGUGGCCACACACAUGGAGCAGCCGCAAUAAGGUACAAGGUUGAAGUAAUGGUUUAUGAUGGAUCAGGUAGCAUCAACCUGCUUUUGUGGGAUAGGGAGACAACUCAGUUGUGUGGGAAGCAAGCAGACAAAAUCAUUCUCGAGGAUGUAAGUGUGAUUGUUUGA